AUGGAGGAAUAUUUGAGUGUGCCAGAAGAUACUCCGAUCUACGAUUUCUUGAACCUGUCGUGCGACCGAAAUUCGGUGCCUCCAACAUCCGAGUAUCUGGACCGACUAGGAACAUUUGGCACUCUUUUCAUAACCAUUGGGUCCAUACUGACAAUAGCUACAGUCUCAUUAACAUCACACGCUUCUUACCAAAUAUUUCUUCAAGCAGAAUCAAAAAUAUACAAGAGGAAUUGCUUUAUGAUCAUAUGGCUUUAUCCUAUAGCCAGCUUCUGUAGUCUUGUUGCUCUUUCAAUGCCAAGAACUCAAUUACUGUCGGAGGCAAUUACUCAGAUGGCGCUGACAAUAUCAAUGUAUCGGGUGUAUUUGCUCAUCACCGAAGUUGGCCGGAGAAAAGUUCGCGAGACCCCAAUGGUAUUGAAAGUUGGACCGUGCUGUUGCUGGCCAUGUCUGCCAUUCCCCAUUCUCCAGUUCAACGACGCCAAUUUGUCUUGGCUUCGGAUAAUCAUCCUUCAAUUCCCCAUUGUCCAGGGAAUGAUAUACAUAAUUUUUUUAAUAAUGUAUAUGGAAGAUCCGAUUAUUUAUAACACGUACAACAUUUUUUUCCAACCGCUCUGCGUCGCCAGCAUCCUUCUCGCCCUCUACGGUCUCAAUAUUGCCGCGAUGAGUCUCAAACAGGUGAACCCAGAGGCAAAGCUUCAGUUGAAGGCUCUUGUUACACAACUAGUACUUUUUUUCUCAAAACUCCAGGCGUCUAUUAUUAAAUUGUUACCAGCCACUGGACUCUUCCCCUGCAAUCCGCCGAUCACACCGCAGAUGUAUGCAAAUUUUACCUACAACGCGCUGAUGCUAAUCGAGAUGUUGCUUCUUGGGUACGUCGCAACCUACAUGUAUGGAGAGCAUACGAGCGUCACUAAAUCAACAACUGUUAACGAGCCAACCCUCCAAACAAUUACAACAAUCAAUCUGCAGGCGCAGAUGAACAAGCCUCCAAUGGCCACAAUCAACACCACUCAUAAUGGCCAUAAUCAACACGUACAACUCCCAAGAAACGUUGCAUAAAAAUAAAUAAAUCCAAGACCUUGAAGAAAGGAUAGAUCAAGAUCUAAAUCUUUAAAAAAAAAUUGUCAAACCAAAUAAUUAUUAUGCGGCUCAAGUCUUCGGCUAAAUUAUAACCUAGACUACUUGGUUCGCAUCGUUCGCAUACAAAAAAUACUCACAACUCACAACGCGUUAUUUAUUAUAUACAUAUAAUUUAGAUUUUUGGAAUUUAAAAAGAUCACGAUCGGCAUGACAAAUUGGAUAUCGAGAUAUUGUCACCCGCCAUCCAGUAAAAAAUAAUAUAACGUGACAGGAGAUAUAAGAGUGCUAGAUGACACGUGGCUCGCAUUCCUAAUUUAUUUUAAAAUUUGUGUACCUGGACUGGAUUAACGUAACAACAGUUUUUCAACCCAUUGAAAGGUAUGCGUUGACACAACUGUUGUUUUUUUUUCCAACUACAAAAUUUAUUGUAAUAUAGAAUAUUUUUUUUUUUAUAUCUAAGCUAACUUAAGUUGAACAGUGUACUGUUUAUAUAUAGCCUUUAAUGUUUUUAAAUAUAUGUAAGAUGUGUAUAGCAUUAAUGUUUUCAUAAAAAUGGUGACGAGGGGGCAUGUGUCAAGUUAGUUAAACUUUUAAAUGAGAUAAAAAGAAAUAAAAAAGCAGUCGAUGAGUGAGGAGUCGCCGAGUAUCGAGUUUAAGUAAAAAUACAUAAACGUAUAUAAGCUAUAAGACCACGUGCCAGACACUUGGUAAGUGUAAACAGACAUCGGAAUGCAUUAUCAUGACGUGUGCUGACGAAUCACAUAUGCUUCCUUAUUGUAGAUGGCUCACUGCCCAUUCCUUUGCUCAAAUGUACUCUUGUGUUGCCUUGUAUUUAUUCAGUCCACCCAACAAAGAAAUUAUAAUAACAAUAAAUUUACACAAUAGAUUGUUAAA